UAUUACCAAGCAGGCGAGGGUGAAGGAAAUGAGCGUCAACCAUGUUAGGGAGAAAACCAAGUAGGCCGAGCACGUUGCCAAUGGUUUUGUGACCUUUUGUGACACGAGCUCGUACGGCGCGAAAGGGGGAAAUAGUUUCCUGCACACGAAACGGUUAGGUUUAAUUAGCGGUAUUAAGCGUGCUGUGGGUGUGUCGUUAAGAAUUAAGCAGCGUUUACACGACGUAUCAGAAGGAAAGGUUUCUGUGACGCGUGCAAUCUUGAUAGCGAUGUUAUGAUGAUAUUUUUUACUUCCUUCUCCUCAUUUUUUUUUUUCGGUUGUAAGUAUGUUAAAUUGUUUAUAGCUUUUCUGUUUUACUACCGUUCGUAUGCUGAAUACAUAUUUUUCAUAUUGUUUUGUUUUUUUUUUCAAUAAAAAAUGAAUAAUUGUUUGUUGGUGUUUUGUUUUUCUUCUGGUGAUUUAUUGUGAUUUGUAUAAUUUUUGUCUUCUUGUUAUCUAUUUUAUUUACUUUUAAGGGGAUAUUUUUUUCUGUAUUUUUAUUAAACUGAUUUUUAAUCACUAUAUUAAUUUUUAAUCAAUUUGUUGGUUUUAUCAUCUUUUCAUCGAUGAUCUUUUCAUAACAAAUGUAUUUUUCUCUUUUUUACUAUUUUAAAUGUUUAGAUUAUUCUUUAUUUCUCUUUUAUUUUUAUUCAUUUACUACUUUAGUGUCUUCUGUUCUAUCUAGCGUCAUAUUGGACAAACUGUUUUCCAUCUUCCAUCUUCCUUCUUAGUUAAAAUCUUUAGCAAUGUAAGACUGUUCAAACCCUGUACAUAUGGCGAGCGAUACAAAACUCAACCAAGUGACGGAUAAAACGUUGUAAAUUUCACUAAUCAAAGCUAGAAAAACAGAAGGAAACACAGUUUUAAAAUGCAAAGUUUCAGCAAAAAAAACAGCACCCUGUACAUAGCAAGAAAGGUGCGCAGUCACCGUUCCAAGAACAAGAUACCCCGAUACCACUCCUAAAGCAAACGAAUCGAAACUAAAUGGUUAAGAAUUAUGGUAUUUCAUAAACACUUUGCACAGAAACCCCUCCCACCGGGGAAUGUACAGCACCAUAGAGAUGGAGAUGGAGUUCGUUUCCCAAAUGUAGGGCCGGUGGCAAUAAGCGUGUAGCUAGUACAUAAGUCCAACCGAGAAAAAACAAACGUAUUGUUUAAGCACCUUAACGUAAUGGCUUCAAGAGUAGAAGAGGCACAACCGCAGUGGAUUAGGAUAAUUGUUUGCGUUAUUUAAAUACACUCAUCCAUCACACAGUUUGCCAAGUGAUAUGAUGUAGCAAAGUUUUGCUGUUAGCAAUGGAUAGUUUGUUUCAAUUAUCUUCAAUCAGUUGUACAAGUUGAGUGGUCUUAGCAUGUAAGCCAUAUACCCUUAAAGAGGUAGUAAAACGAUUAGCUUUUGGUUUUAGAUGCAAAAACUCGGAGCAAAGCAAAGAUGUCUGACUAUACCGUCCCUUACGUUUCCAGCAAAGGUCUGUUCAGUUCCAGCAAAGUUCCUACUAGCGGGCUCCCCCCAUUCCGACUACCGAGCCGACCGUGUGGUCAGGUGUGGAGGCUUUGGUGAGCUUCACAACAAGUCACCUAGUUUUAUCGCGCGAGAGAGAGAGAAGCAAACCGACACAGUAUAUCAAUGCUGAACAAGUUUUGCCCACAAUAGCCCAGACGGAUUGUAAUCUAUUGUAAGUGCCAGUAUAUAAGAAGCAUUUACAGAGGAAACAGAAAAGGAAAACGAAACCGAAACUAUCUAUAUAGCUAAAUAGAGAGAAAAACGAGGAGUAAAACGAGAAAAAAAGUUCCGAAGGAACGUAUUAAUUGUAGUUGAGGCAACAUAUUUACUUGAACAAAUCUUAUUUCGUUUAACAAACGUUAUUAUGUGUGUCCCUUAACAUCAAACAGACGUAUUAGGCCGCUAAGUUGUUAUUCCCGUUGUUUAUCGAUUUUUAUACUUCUUCUUUAAGUUCGAGAUUAUAGCUUAAAUAUUUCAUAUAUUUUAUUUUACUGUUUCUAUAUUUGUUUCUCUCUUUUUCUUGUUUUUGUCUCCUUUUCUCUAUUCUAAAUUUUUGCUUGUGUUUUUCUUCUAUUUUUUUAUUUGUUCUCUUUAUACAUUUAUUGCCCUUUUUAUCAAAUUUUCAUUUUUUUUGUCAAAUUAACCCUUCUUGAUUUUUUUUCUUUAUUUUUAUCUUUGUUGUAUAUUUCUCUCUGUUCUAACUGUUUAUUUUUUAAUCAAUUUACUUUUUCUCAAUUUUAAUACUUUUUUUUUCCUUCAAUUUAUAUCUUGAAGUUUUGGCUAACUACAUAUUUUUUUCAUAAUUUAUUUUGAUAUUUUUUAGUAUUGAAUAUUAUUCUUUAUCUGUGACUUUUGUGACUUUGUGACUAUGUCUUAUUUUAUUUCAAUAAUCUCUUGUUUUAUUAUCAAUUUUACUUAUUUGAACUUUCACUUCCAUUUCUAUCUCCAUUUGUUCAGAUACUUUUGUUGAGCAUUUUUAACGGUACAAUUUCACUUUUUCUCAUUUUUAGUAUAUCGCUUUAUCCUAAAUUUAUAGCGUCCAGUUUAAGUUCCAGUUUUUUUUGCAUAAAAUUUUCCUUUUUUCUAUAAUUAUUUUUUACUAUUGUCUAUACUUCUUCUGUUCCUUCUUUUUUUGUACCUAUUGUACCUAUUUGAUUAUAUUGUUAGUUGUAUUUUUUUCAUUAUUCUCAUUUCCUUUUUUUCUUUUACCUUUAAACUCUUUACCUUCUUUUUAUCGCUUUUCCGUUCGAAAACAGUCCUUCGUUCACACAUUCUUUGGAUUAGUUUCAAAAACCAAUUUGAAUAUACAUGAUAACUUUACAUAAAAAAUAAAGGGAUCACAGAAAAUGGUACAAGAGCUUUACAUGAACUUAAAUGUAAGAGAUGAAAUAAUUAACCCCUUAAACGAGCAGUAGUUUCAGAGGCGAUGAUAUUUAAAACCGAGAAAAAAGUAAACCCUAGAGCAACAAAACCAAAAAACAUUAAAUCGAUCAAACAAUUAAACGAGCACAGACACACACAUCUAUAAAUUCCACCAAUACGGCGGUAAUGUUACAUGUGUAUAAGAACGAUUUCAUUUUGAGAGUGUAGGAUUUUGGGAAUAGUUCUAUGCUUUUUAGGUGCCCAUGUGUACGAGAAGGCUUAAACAGCAGCUUAUCAUUCGAACAGUGUUAAGCUUAAGUCUGUACGUAAAGAAACGACAUACGAGUACGUGUACAAUGCUUCAACCAAAACGCCAUGAAAUUUAGAUGAGCAGUAGAACAGUAGAGUUAAAUAAGCAUCUUGUUUGAAGGCUUCUGUUAUUAAAGCACCUUCCUAAAGGCUUUAAGUUGCCAGCAGUAGUUCUGACAGGCACACAGCGAUUUACUCGAAUCGAUUUCCGAUGCGUUGUUGUAGCAAAACCAGCAAAUAGUUGCAUUUAACAUUUCUUCUACUUUUGAGUGAGGUUUAUUGUUAGAGGUAGCUGCAAUAUCAACUAAAAUCCAUACCAUUAGCGUUAGCAAAUAGGACAGUAGCGGUAGCGAAUUAAAUCUAGACACUAUUCAUUAUUGCCAAGGCUAGUAAAGUAAGUGAGCUAAAGUAGAAGUAUGUACGAUGAUGUACUAACAUCAAACCCAACCACUUUCUCCUGCUAGUCGAACAAAAAAAAACAAUUGUAUAUAACGUGUAGCUAUGAGCAUAUUACAAAGUAAGCGAGCGAAGGAAACAAAACAAACAGCUAACAAGACAAGUAAAUCGUAAGUAAGUACACUUUUCUUAUAUCGUAAGCGAGGUGCGGUAAAGUCUGCUGAUAAUCUGCUUCCAUUAGCGCAGUCUGAUUUUGUUUUUAAAUCGGCCAUGGCAUUGAAUUGAAAGUUUAGGCGCGAAAAACCCCUCGUAAUUCAGAAUCGUAGUAGAAUCGUUCCCGGCACGUUUAUUCACGUUAGCAAAAGAUUAAAGCCCAAAGAAUAAAAAAAAGCGUAUAAGAAGCAUACACUCACAUUACAACAAAAAAAA